ACAGAAUGGGAGACGCCUACGAACGUGAACAACAAAACAAUGCCCUCCUCAACUCCCUAUCCAGCAAAGUCUCGGCCCUGAAGUCCGUCACCAUCGAUAUCUACGAUAAUGCCCGGGACCACGAAACGCUAGACCACUCUAGCCAGGUCUUCUCCUCUCUAUCGACGAACCUCAAAGGCAGCGCGAGCCGCUUGACCCGCAUGGCGAAACAGGGGGAUACGGUUGCGAUUAUGAAAGUCGCGGGGAUUGUGAUUGGCGCGGGGAUUGCGCUGUGGUUGUUGCUGGGGUGGAUUUUUUGAGCGGCGUCGUGGAGAGUACAGUGUGUCGAGGGUGCCUUGGUCUUGCGGGUUCAAGAUUGAUGGGCAUUAAUGACAUGGUUGAUUUUACAUGCUGUUGGAUGGAUUGUGCAUUUCAGCGUGUUUCUCGGAAGGGUUGUGUAUAUGGGCUGGUUUGUGUAUGACUGUGUAUAAGGGUUGCUGUGCUCGAUGUUUCAGCGUUCCAUCACGAUGUCUGUUGAUUGGGGUUGUUUAUAUCGAAUAUCCUAUUAUCUAAUACUGUGACUUGGUGAUCCAAGCAAUUGUCAAUAAUGAAUUUGGGCGAUGCUGUAUCUUAUCCAGACAGAGAACGCUUCUAAUCUGG